UGACCAGUUCUGUCCCUAACAGGCUGCGUUUACCAUGGGGCCAGACGUGCCCCUGCUCAACGACUACAAACAGGAGUUCUUCUGGAAGCGCUUCCCCCAAACAGUGCUGGGAGGUCCACGCCUCAAACUGGGCUACUGUGCCCCUCCAUAUGUCUAUGUCCAUCAGCUUGUGCUCUUCCUGACACCAUGGCUGCUUGGUGGUGUGGGCACCCUCUUAUACCAGCUUCGGGUAAUGGGGGAUCUCCAUGCCGCUGUCCUUUCUGGUGCCCUUAUGUUCGUGGCUGGUGGCACCCUGCAGGCCCUGGCACAACGCGUAGCGCAGAGGACAGGUGCCGUACAACGGCUGCCGGCAUCCAACAACAUCCUCGCGGAUGAGGAGGAGGUGGAGUUCACGCAUUGCAUUGCCCCAGAGACAGUUCGCUUCGUGGUACCUGGGAAGAGGUUCAUGGGAAAUGUAGUUCUGCACACGGCAUUGGCUGGCACAUUGUGUGGGCUAGGGACAUGGUACCUCUUGCCAGACAGGCUCAGUGCUCUGUAUGGUGGCACAGGAGCAGGCAUGGGGGCAGUAGUGCCCAUCUUUGUACUAAGUUGGCUGACACUGUGUAUUGGGCAGUACUCUUUGAUUGUAAAUACAGCUACGGAGACGGCCACAUUCCACCCACAAGACACCUAUGAAAUUACACCGCUCACCAGACCAUUGUAUAUAUUUGCUUUUGUGGCUGUGGACCUAGCUCAGAGGUUUGCUGGACCCAUGCCUGAGCUACAGUUGACCAGUCAGGUGCUGCACGUGUUGUUCCUGGUGCUGCCGUUGCUCUGGGCGUUGGGCACUCUGUCUCCCCUCGAUGCCCUUAUCCUGUGGGGCAUGGAACAGAGUCUGGUCUUUGGCCUGGGCGGAUCACCUAUGUCCACCAACCUGAGGCUGUUUGUGAUGUUCUUGUCCUCCGCGUGUGUCGCUGUUUGUACUUUCUUCAUCCCUUCCUCCCUGGGCGUUGUUCUCUUCACCAUCGCAGUGGGGUACCUUCUCAGCCAGGACCUUAGCCAACUGGUAUUGCUUUUUCCAAGGAGAAAAAGAGAUUCCUCCUUCCCAUCUCAGACCUUUGGACUUGGAUGGUGGGAGUUGCCUCUCUCUCUGGUCCUCUUAGCGGGGGCCAUGACUGAGGGCGGGCUUCUCCACCACUACUAUCCCACCGUGGGUAACCACAGUCUAAGCACGGAGGCGCUUCCUAACUGGGUGUUAGAGGAACUUCCAGAACCCCAGGUGGCUGUCGGAUACGUUCUCAUUGCCCUCUUCGUCUUGACCAGAACCCUUAGAGAGAUUCAGGGGGCGUACAUACUUGGAGGGUUGUUCCACAACUCCCUGUAUCCCAGGCAGGCCAGCAGUGUGCAGGCUUUCAGGAGGAGGAGCCGGGGCAUUCGUGCAGCUGGUCUGGUGAGAAGGGUUCUGCUUAACCUGGUGUCUCCAUUUGCCAUGAUUGCAUUCCUUUCCAUGGACAGCUCUCUGCAGAGGCUCCACACUGCUUCCCUCGCUGUGGGCUUCACACGGGCAUUCAGGGUGGUGUGGCAGAGCACUGAGGAGACAUUGCUCCAUAUGACUGUGGUGGUGGUGGUGAAGUUGGCAUCUGAAGGGAACGCAGUGAACAGGUGGCACAGUCUGGAUACUGGCAUCCAGCUAAUACUGGUGGCUUUGAUAAGUGACCGUCUCUCUCAGUUUCUGUCCAAGCUCAAGUUUGCCCUGACUGUGCUGGUCACCUCCUGGACAGAGACCAAACAGCGGCGCCAGUCUGCAGGAGCUCUGUUGGCGCUGAAUGGGGCACUUUGUCCGUUGCUCCUGGCCGUGGUGGCUCUAUCCGCCCUCCUUUCCGCACCACUCCUGCCUCUCUUCACACUGCCCAUCUUCCUGGUGGGCUUCCCAAGGCCCCUACGCUCCUGGCCGGGCACCCCGGGCACUGCCUGCCCCUGCCCAGACUCUGUGUACUACCGACAGCUGGGUGCAAGUCUGGCCUCUGCACUUAGGAGUGCCCUCGCCAGGGGAGUCUUAGGUUCUUCUUCACCCGGGUCACAUUUUCUGGGACGGUUCCAGGACCGAGUUGCUUGGAUCACGGUUCUGGAGAGAGGCUAUGGCUACUGCACAGUUAAUAUCAAGGGUCUGGAACUGCAGGAGACCUCGUGUCACACUGUGGAGGCUCGGAGAGUGGAUGAGGUCUUCGAGGCAGCGUUUGAUCGUUUGGAGAGCCCUGGGACUUUUUUCCACGGUCUCAACCCUCACUGGGGAAAUGCCCUGACUCCCUGCACGGCCCUUCCCGUGCGCGUUUACUCCGACGCCCGCAACGUCCUGACAGGCGUAAUCGACUCGCCCGACCACCUACGGCAGCUCAGGCUAGACUUCCUGAAAUGUCUGCUCUGGCUUCUCCUGCGCCACUGCGCCCAGGAAACGGCCUUCGGCAACCAUAAAGGGACGGACAGGAAAUCACAGAGCUCCCAGCACGCUCUGCAUGUGGAGCCGGGCUCGGGCGAAGUGAAGGUUGCCGUCCCUCCUGCACCUUCGGACGACUCGUCGUCUCCGGUGCGCCUGAGGAGGGACAGCUCCAGUCUGACGUCAUUUGGCGACUGGUCAGACGAGGAUGACUUGUUCGGGCCGGUUCCGGUGCGGCGGCCAGUUAGGGUGAUCAGGACUGGGGGGGGAGAGGACGGACGGACAACGUUGGAAUGUGGCAUCUCUUUGCCGGGUUCAGUGGAGAUCCACAGCCUUUAUGAGAACAUGGCAUUGUCUAGCCUCCCUCCCCUCAGACCCCUGGGGCUGGGACUCGGUCUGCCUGCCGUGGACAAAGGCAAGGAGAACCUCACAGCCCCCACCGGAGUCACACCAGCUCAGCUCAACUUCAGGUGUCCUUAUUCGGAGCGUCUUUCUCUUGCACCAGCGUGGCGAACAGCCCCCUUACCCCCAUCUAGGCUCCAGCCUCUAAGGCCUUUCUUUCCAGAAGACUGGCUUCGGUUCUGUCUGUCCCAGUUGGUGCUGGAUGGAUUUGGGGAUGGGGAUUUAGAGCACAUGUCCCAAGCACUGCUGGAGGACCAGGUUCUGCUGGAGCUCUAUGCCCAGGUGGUGCUGUCAUGCCUUGUUGCACUUGGGGCGGAGGUUCCACUGCCCAGCCCCAGUUACGUGUUCAGAGUGUACUGCGGGGACGCUCCAUGGACAGAGGGGCUGGAGUGGCUCAAAGGAAAUAAAGAGCUGUAUCAGCUUGCACUCAGGGCUUUCAGGUACAGUGUAAAGUUGCUGAUAGACCAGGCCAGCCUGGGUCCAGUGGAGAGUCUGGAGGAGCUGCACAGCACCCUGCGGGAUUACCACAGUGACUGGUUCAUUGGCCUCACCACAGACCAUGGCUGGCAUGAAAACGUGUUGCAGGAGAAACCCUUUCUCUUCUCCCUUGGCCACGAUCUCACUAUGGGUACGUACACAGGACGCGUGCUCUCCCUGCAGGAACACUUGGUUCAGCUGGGCCACUUGAAUGAAGAGGGUGUUCGUGGCCAGUGGGCCAAUUUGUCGUGGGAGCUCCUCUACGCUACCAAUGACGACGAGGAGCGCUACAGCAUCCAGGCCCACCCAGUCAUGCUCCGCAACCUAACUGUUCAGGCCGCAGACCCGCCGCUUGGUUAUCCCAUUUACUCAUCUGCUCCCAUUCAUCUGUCAUGCUUAUGACACCAGCUACCGCACCCCCAGCCCUCUGCAUUCAACAUAUCCAAAAAACACACUUAUUAUCUAUUACACACGACAUCACUUCAUCACAUAACCCCCUGAACCACACUUAUUUUUCUAGCCCCCUUCUGUUACAUUGAGGCUCUCGAUAACCUUUCAGUUUGUGCUGUUUCUGCCUCAUUCUUGACCGUAAAGAUCCUACCCAUCUUGCUGGUGUUGCCUUAAGAGUUUUUGUUCCUCUUCUUGCAAGUACUAUCCUGGCAGGUUAAGACACUUAAUGUCCAACUGCUUUGUUUAUUUGCACGGGAACUGGCCCUUAGUUUAUAUCUAAAUGAAAAAUUCAGAUGGAACUCGGAGCUCUGUAGUUGGAAUAAUUCUCGGGGUAAUCUUGGAACAGUACAAGAAUUUCUGUAAUGCUGGAAACACCUGUUACAGAAUGGAUAUGAGGGCACACUUUAUGCUGAACAUAUGAGAUUUCAACAAUCACAGUACUGCUCAAGUAUCCAAUUAUAAUUUCAUCACAGAUCCAUCAAGUAAGAUUUAGUUGCCCUAAUUAUACCCCGCUUGAGUGAAACAAUUCGCAUGAACUGUCCGGUCAUGAUACGCAAGCAACCCAACUACACAUGCUACAGACCGGAUAUUGUCUGUUUCAUUUCAAACUUCAGAGUGUUUUUCUGAAGCCCCUGUGGAAUAAUACUUCAUCUGUGGAAUUUUGUUGUUGUUUCUUAAGGAAAGAAACUGAUGCCCCUAUCAAAGUUUCGUAUAGUCUUUUCCCCCCAGAAUUUGGGCCUGUGAUAUAUGAUGUGAAUUGGAAUAUAACAUGAGGACAUUUUGUGGAAUAGCCAUUUAUGUUAUUCGAUCAAAUGCCAAA